AUGGUGCAUGAGAUUGAACUAGGUACGCCGAACGUCGUAACAGCCCUUUCGCGAUUGAUCACGUCACUAUACAAAAAGUCUGAUAAUAAAACGGUCGUCAUUUUAAUAGACGAGUAUGAUUCACCCUACACAGAAAGUUUUACAGUGAAUGAGGAAUUAGCCAACCAGGUUUUAGGACUACUACGGAGUUUCUUCAAGACCCUGAAAACUGAAGUUGCGAAAAUACGCUUCUGUUUUACAACAGGCAUAACGCGGCUUUCUCUCUCGGACUUUUUUUCAGGGGCGAACUCGGCAGUUGAUCUCACGAUGGACCCCGAAUAUUCUGGCAUCGUGGGUUUUACCAGAGACGAAUUGACGCAAUACUUUGGGGGCUUUAUUGAGAAAGUUGCCGCAGGAAGAGAGAGUAGCAAACAAAACAUCCUGAAGGAAAUGUCUAUAUGGCAUUAUGGAUUUCGAUUCACCGCGAAAAACGAGUCUUUGUUUAGUCCGAUCUCUGUCAUCGGUUAUUUGCGUUCCGGAGGUGAUGUACAUUGUUACAGUGAUACAGGAGGAGCAAGUCGAUUCCUUAUCCAAAGACUGAAAACAUUCAAACAGGAGGCUCUAAGGUUAUUUUUAGGUUCCUCGGUCAGCGAAGAAUCUGAUGAAUGUGAUGAAGAACAGAAAAUAACUGCUAAACGCGAAGAACUCACAGGGAAAAUCAAUUAUGAUGAUUCGACAGAGCCUGAAGCCUUAAAAACUCUUCUUUUUCACAGCGGUUACCUGAGUGUCGGUGACUAUAACAACGAGACUCAAAGUUUCACUUUAAAAUUCUCUAAUCUAGAGCUGAGACGAGAUUAUGCUAAGCGUUUUUAUCACUCUUGCACAGGGGAUAGUCCGACAAAAAUGGAAAGAAGGAUAAACUCGUUGGUAAAAGACCUUGAUUUAUCUCGCUGGGAAUCUUUCAUUUCCAAACUGGAUUCAUUCCAUAGUAGCAUUCCAUACUAUCUCAAUGUGAAUCAGAGAAAAGGUCUUGAAGCAUGGUUCCAAUUCACCAUGUACCUUGCAUCUCAAUUUAGCACCUAUAAAAAUGUGGGUAACCCUUUAAUGGCAGAUGCAACAAAUAAAGGCCGAGCAGAUAUCACACUUCACAUGAACAAUAAAAUGUACAUUUUCGAACCAAAAAUGAUGGCAAAUCCUGAAAACGCAGUUUACGAGUGCAAAGUGAACUUCGUGUAUAUAGGUCGCUCUUUGAGUCUGGGCGCUAUCUCACCCGAUUCCAACUAG